UCCUCCUGCCUCCCGGGAGUGCCGAGCGCCGCAGCCCGGGCCCAGGCCCCGGCAGCGCCUGGGACAAGGUCUUCAGAGCUACUGACAUAAUUUUUUGGGACUUCAUAUUCAGAGGUCUAUAAAAAGGCACUGUUCUGGACAUUGGAACUACAGCAGGGGAUAAAAGCACAAAAACCACUAUCCUCAUAGAGUUUAUACUCAUAGAGUUUAUAGAGAGACAAAUUAACAAGAUUCCUCAUGUCCAUAACAUGUUGGUUGAGGCUCUACAGCUCACCCCCACUCUCAGAGUGGCCAGUCUCCAUUAAUUGGACCCCGUGAUUUCCACUUUCUGCUGUGUUGGACGUCAUGAGCAUUGCAAUCCCUCUGGGAGUCACCACACCAGAUACAUCCUACUCAGAUAUGGCUGCUGGAUCAGACCCUGAAUCUGUGGAGGCUAGUCCAGCAGUUAAUGAGAAGAGCGUGUAUUCCACUCAUAAUUAUGGGACCACUCAGAGGCAUGGGUGUCGAGGACUGCCUUAUGCUGAUCAUAAUUACGGAGCCCCUCCUCCUCCGACACCUCCUGCUUCUCCCCCUGUCCAGACGAUCAUCCCUCGUUCUGACCUGAAUGGCCUGCCGUCGCCCGUAGAGGAACGCUGUGGAGACAGCCCGAACUCUGAAGGAGAGACUGUUCCUACCUGGUGUCCUUGUGGUCUUUCUCAGGAUGGCUUCCUUCUCAACUGUGACAAGUGCAGGGGAAUGAGCAGGGGGAAGGUUAUUAGACUUCAUCGGCGGAAGCAGGACAACAUAUCAGGUGGGGACAGCAGUGCAACAGAAAGCUGGGAUGAGGAGCUUUCUCCUUCCACUGUGUUGUAUACAGCAACACAGCACACACCUACAAGCAUCACCUUAACUGUUAGAAGAACCAAACCCAAGAAGCGGAAAAAGAGUCCAGAAAAGGGUCGUGCAGCACCAAAGACAAAGAAAAUCAAGGCAUUUCGAGAGGGAUCCCGGAAGUCCUUGCGGAUGAAGAAUUCUCCUUCUGAAGCACAGAAUUUAGAUGAGAAUACAACUGAGGGAUGGGAAAAUCGGAUAAGACUAUGGACUGAUCAGUAUGAAGAAGCUUUCUCUAAUCAAUACAGUGCAGAUGUACAGAAUGCCCUUGAACAACAUCUAUAUUCUAGCAAGGAAUUUGUGGGCAAACCUGCUAUUUUAGACACUAUCAAUAAGACUGAAUUGGCCUGCAAUAAUACAGUUAUUGGUUCCCAAAUGCAGCUACAGUUGGGAAGAGUCACUCGUGUUCAAAAGCACCGGAAGAUCCUGAGGGCUGCACGAGAUUUGGCUUUGGACACUCUUAUAAUAGAGUAUCGAGGGAAAGUCAUGUUACGACAGCAAUUUGAGGUCAAUGGGCAUUUCUUCAAAAAACCAUACCCCUUUGUGCUCUUCUACUCAAAAUUCAAUGGUGUAGAGAUGUGUGUGGAUGCACGUACUUUCGGUAAUGAUGCUCGGUUCAUCAGAAGAUCAUGUACACCAAAUGCAGAGGUGCGACACAUGAUUGCAGAUGGGAUGAUUCACCUGUGUAUCUAUGCUGUGUCUGCUAUCACCAAGGAUGCUGAAGUCACCAUAGCUUUUGAUUAUGAGUACAGUAACUGUAAUUAUAAAGUAGACUGUGCAUGUCACAAGGGGAACCGGAAUUGCCCUAUACAGAAAAGGAAUCCCAAUGCUGCAGAACUGCCACUCCCACCUCCUCCAAGCCUACCCAUCGUUGGAGCAGAGACAAGACGGAGAAAAGCACGGCGGAAAGAGCUAGAGAUGGAGCAGCAGAAUGAGACUGUAGAGGAGGAUACCAACCCACAAGCAGAACAAGAUCCUGCUGAGAAAGUGACUGUAUCCAGUGACCACGAGGAAAUAGACAAUCCAGAAGAAAAGGCAGAAGAAGAAAAAGAAGAGGUUACAGAUGACCAGGAGAACCCAGCUCAUAACAGGAGGACCCGGGAAGAUAGGAAGGUUGAAGCCAUCAUGCAUGCUUUUGAAAACUUGGAGAAAAGAAAGAAGCGACGGGAUCAGUCCUUGGAACAAAGCAACUCUGACGUAGAGGUUACUACCAAUGCCUCAGAGACACCUGUAGGGGAAGAAACAAAAACUGAAACUCCUGAAUCUGAAGUUAGCAACUCUGCUUCAAAUGUGGCCAUUCCAAGCACCCCACAGAGUAUUGGGGUGAACACCCGAAGGUCUUCCCAAGCUGGGGAUGUUGCUAUAGAAAAGCCAGUCCCCAAACCACCUCCAGCAAAGCCUUCUAGGCCCCGACCGAAGAGUCGUAUUUCUCGAUACCGGACCAGUUCAGCCCAAAGACUAAAGCGUCAGAAGCAGGCCAUUGCACAGCAGGCAGAGUUGUCACAAGCUGCCUUGGAAGAAGGAGGAAAUAACAGUUCAGUAACUCCUACUGAAGCUGGAAGUAUAGACAGUUCAGGAGAAAGCAGGCAAUUAACAGGAUCUGACCCAACUAUGGCAUCAGUAACUGGAUCCCAUGUCAACCGUGCAGCGUCUAAAUACCCCAAAACCAAAAAGUAUCUAGUUACAGAAUGGUUGAAUGACAAAGCUGAGAAGCAAGAAUGCCCUGUUGAGUGCCCUUUACGUAUCACCACGGACCCAACUGUACUGGCAACGACCCUGAACAUGUUACCUGGUCUUAUCCAUUCCCCGUUAAUUUGCACCACCCCCAAACACUACAUUCGCUUUGGCUCACCCUUUAUCCCUGAGAGGCGUCGAAGGCCCCUUCUGCCUGAUGGCACAUUCAGCUCCUGUAAAAAGCGCUGGAUAAAGCAAGCCUUGGAAGAAGGGAUGACUCAAACAUCAUCUGUACCCCAAGAGACUAGAACUCAGCAUCUAUACCAAAGUAAUGAGAAUAGUAACUCUUCUAGUAUCUGCAAAGACAAUGCAGAUUUGUUGAGCCCUUUAAAGAAAUGGAAGUCUCGCUAUCUGAUGGAGCAGAAUGUCACCAAGUUACUUCGGCCUCUUUCUCCAGUCACACCACCCCCUCCCAAUCCAGGCUCAAAGAGCCCCCAGCUGACCACACCUGGCCCAUCUCACCCAGAAGAAGAAUGUCGAAAUGGAUACAGCCUCAUGUUCUCACCAAUCACGUCUCUUACUACUACUAGUCGCUGUAAUACUCCUCUGCAGUUUGAGCUUUGUCACCGAAAAGACCUGGACUUGACAAAAGUAGGCUACCUUGACUCCAACACUAACAGCUGUGCUGACAGACCGUCCCUCAUCAACUCAGCUCAUUCUGACCUGGCUCCUCACCCCUCCAUUGGGCCCACCUCUGAGACUGGCUUUCGGGAUGGGGACAUCACACUCGUGAGGAACUCGGACCAGGCAUUUCGGACAGAGUUUAACUUAAUGUAUGCCUAUUCCCCGUUGAACGCUAUGCCUCGAGCAGAUGGAUUAUAUCGAGGGUCUCCCCUAGUAGGAGAUAGGAAGCCUUUACAUUUGGACGGGGGAUAUUGUUCCCCUGCAGAAGGGUUUCCCAGCAGAUAUGAACAUGGUUUUAUGAAAGAAGUCUCUCGUGGAUCCAUGUCACCUGGUGGUGAAAGGGCUUGUGAAGGAGUCCCAUCUGCCCCCCAGAACCCACCACAGAGGAAAAAGGUAUCCCUGCUGGAGUACCGCAAACGGAAACAGGAAGCCAAGGAGAAUUCUGGUGGGGGCAGUGACUCUGCACAGAGCAAAAGCAAGUCUGCAGGAGCUGGGCAAGGCAGCAGUAACUCACUUUCUGACACUGGUGCCCACGGUGUGCAGGGAUCCUCAGCCCGAACCCCAUCUUCCCCUCACAAAAAGUUCUCCCCAUCUCAUUCCUCUCUGUCCCAUUUGGAGGCGGUAAGCCCAUCUGAUUCCAGAGGCACUUCAUCUCACUGCAGACCACAAGAGAAUAUCAGCAGUAGGUGGAUGGUUCCCACAUCAGUAGAACGACUCCGAGAAGGAGGGAGCAUCCCCAAGGUCCUCCGAAGCAGUGUGAGGGUGGCCCAAAAAGGAGAGCCUUCUCCCACAUGGGAGAGUAACAUCACAGAGAAAGACUCAGACCCUGCAGAUGGAGAAGGCCCAGAGACACUGAGCUCGGCACUCUCAAAAGGAGCGGCCGUUUACAGCCCUUCCAGAUACAGCUACCAGCUCCUGCAGUGUGAUAGUCCACGGACAGAAUCACAAAGCCUACUUCAACAAAGUUCCUCCCCCUUUCGAGGACAUCCCACCCAAUCUCCAGGAUACAGUUAUCGAACUACUGCACUGAGACCUGGAAACCCCCCCUCUCACGCUUCUUCAGAAUCCUCCCUCUCCUCUACGUCCUAUUCCAGCCCCGCCCACCCUGUGUCCACAGACUCAUUGGCCUCAUUUACGGGGACCCCAGGGUAUUACAGCAGCCAGCCACAUUCUGGAAACAGCACGGGCAGCAGUCUUCCAAGGAGGAGCUGCCCUUCGAGUGCUGCUAGCCCUACCCCGCAGGGGCCCUCAGACUCACCGACCUCAGACUCGGUUUCCCAGUCCAGCACAGGAACUCUGAGUUCCACCUCCUUUCCUCAGAACUCUAGGUCGUCAUUGCCAUCAGACUUACGGACUAUCAGUCUGCCCAGUGCUGGGCAGUCCACUGCCUACCAGGCCUCCAGGGUAUCUGCGGUUUCCAAUUCACAGCACUACCCGCACCGUGGGAGUGGGGGUGUGCACCAGUACCGACUCCAGCCAUUGCAAGGGUCGGGAGUCAAGACUCAGACAGGACUUUCCUAGGGCUUCUGGAUUUGGGCAAACCGAACUGAAUGAGCCCAUAGCUGCUUCCUUCCAGCUGCCUCUGGAACCUAGGCCAAGCAGAUUGCUAGGGAAGGGGGUACAAGGUGCCAGAGGAUUGGGUCUGGUCGACAAGAAACAAGACUUGUGGUCACAACAGGCUCAGGCCUUGGAGAAAGAUGUAAAUCUUGUCUGAAGCAGAGACUAUAAAGAAGUUUCUCCCUGCUGUUAAGGGUACAUUGUUGACAAGCAAAUGGUGUUUCGGUUAGUAACGGUUCUAAGUGCAAUGAGUUGUGUUGAAGCCUCCGUCUCCCAUCCUUGCCUGUAGCCUGUAGUCACUUGUGCAGUGAGGACAUCUUUUAAAUCCAAAAAAAGUUUUCUUUUCAAAGAAAAAAAAUGUGAAAAGAGCCAAUCUCCAAACCCCAAGCCAUCUAAUAGUGUUAGGGUUUUAUGCACUUAAAAAAAAGGUAGGUAUGUAAAUGUUCACCGGAAGACAACCAUUCCAAAAGCAGAUAUCCAGCCAAGAUGUGUCCACCAAGUAUGUUCCUACCUUUGUCUUUAAAUCACCAAGAAA